AUGACACGUGAUAAAAAAAUUCAUGCAACAAAAAAAAAAGUUGCACAAUUUGCUAUUCAUUGUAAAAAAGAUAAAAAAAAUGCUGACAGUCAUGGUUUUAGUAAAGAUAAACAUAAAAAAAAACAAAAUGAAGAAAAGAAAAAUGAAAAGAAAAAAAAUUGUGAUACUGUGGAAAAAUUUCAUUCUAAUAAGGCAAAAAAUUUUGAAAGUAAUAAAGCACAUCAUCAUGAAGGUAGUGGAAAUCGUUCAAAAGAUUACCAACAACAACAUCAACAACAUGACAAUUUGAUGGGACAACAGUAUAAAAAUCCAUCACCUACUAAUGCUAACAGAAAAUCUGAAGAAAAUAAAAAUGUAUGUUCACCAGGGGUAAAUUAUCACAAACAAAUAGAACAAAAAAAUAUACAACCUCAAAAACAAGAUGAUGGUGAUAAUUUGUAUGAAAAUCUUUCUGUUUGGCGUCAAAAUUAG